GUAAAUUGUAAUGAUUUAUAUCAACAUUAAUAAAUGUUCCAUGUCUUUGUAUAAUUCAUAAUUUCAUUCAAAUGUGCUAUUAAAUAAAUAUUUACGUAAAAUGGAUGUUUUAUCAGAAUUAUCUCUAAAACAGAUUUGUUGUACUUGCUUAUGUACUGACAGAAAACUAUUUCAGCUUUGUAAAAUUAGCGACGGGAUAAAUUAUUUAUAUUAUUUACUGUCGGCGGAUACUGAGGCAUACAGCAGAGGAUUCUUACAAGAUAUUGUUAAUUUACAUGUUUGUUGGGAAUGCAGAGCUGUGAUCAAGAAACAAACUAGCUUUAAAAAGCAGGCUUGUUUAUCACAGAAAAAAUUAUCAUUGAUGACCAAUGGUUCUAUUGCUAUUAACAUACUGGGAAAAUCUCUGUCUCAGCUAACAAAAUUUCAUCAAAACACCUACACUCACAUGUUUAACUCUGAUGAUUCCACAGACAAUUAUAUUAUUUAUAGUCCAGAGAUAUUCAUAAAAAAAGAAGCUGAUUUUGAUACUAUAGAUAGAUUAGAAGACUGUGAGAAUGAUUCAUUAAACAUUCAAUUUGAUAAUAUCAUUAUAAAUUCUACUGAUGAAACAAUAUCUGGUGAUGUCAGAAAUGCAGAUAAAAUUUCAUCAGAGGAUAGCAUAAAAAUUGAAGACACAAAUAAAUGUUUAAAUGAAACAGAUGAUAUAGAAGAAGACAUUUCUACCUUUCAUCUAAUUAGCACCAAUCUUAGUUCUAGUGAUAAAGAAAGUAAGAAAUGUUAUAUACAAAUCAAAGCAAGUGAGCAUGUAAUAGAGUCGCUGAAAGAAAAAAAGAAAUUGAAAAGAAGUUAUAUUGAGGCAUAUAACAAGUGCGACCUCUGUGUUCAAGUAUUUAGAACUGCAAAUAUUGUGGAAAAACAUUAUUAUAAAUUACACACCAAUAAGCCAGACUUUGAGAAAUGCAGUCAAUGCUUCCAAUAUUUUAAGACGACUCGUCUAAAAGUACACAUGAAUGAACACACCAAAUUCUACAAGUGUAAUUUAUGUAAUGAAGAUUUAUUUAAUAAAAAUGUUUUAUACUGGCAUCUCAUGUCCUUCCAUGACAUAAAAAUAAAAAGGACACCUGUAACAAAAAAUCCUGGUUCGAGGCCAAGAUUAAGCAAGCCUCUUCGUGAUAAGCCUACUGCUCUAGGCUAUUCAUGCCCACAGUGUAGUCAAUAUUUUGAAUCAUCAAAUAUGCGCUACAAACACAUAUUGAAGCAUCACAGAGAGGGCCAUAGGUGCUCUAAGUGCGGGAAAGCAUUUUUAUAUAAAAGUAAUUUGAAAAAACAUGAACGAGUCCACGCGGGUAUACCUAAAGAACAAUGCGCGCAAUGUGGCAAAUUUAUCCGCGCAGAUGUGAUGUGUGUGCACGUUCAUAAUAUACAUUCUGAGCGAGAGAGUUACGAUUGUGCGCUUUGCGACAAAAAAUUUGUGUCUAAAGCCACUUAUGAUAACCAUUUGAAGUAUGCUAAAGCACAUGCCAAAGAUAAAAUAAUACUUAGGCGGGAUCCCGAAUUUGCAAUCUCGAGUCGGGAUUGCAUUCCCUACUUGGAAGGCAGGGCCACUACCAACCAAGCCAACCGGUUUAUUUGUGAUACUUGCGGAAAGGGUUUCCGAUCCAAGGUGGAGAUUCGAGAUCACAUACACAGCCAGCAUUUGGGAAAAACGCAACACAAGUGUACUAUAUGUAACAAGUUAUUUUCUUCACGCAGCAGUAUAAAACGACACGUGAAAACCGUUCACGAUGGUAUGCCUGCAACUCCCAAAAAUAAAGUGUGUCAAAUAUGUGGGAAAACUUUCGGCACAAAAAAGAGCCUAUAUGAACACCAAUUAAUACAUAGUGGAGAUCGACCUUUAUCUUGCAAUGUAUGUGGGGUAACAUUCCGACAAAAAGCUUCUCUGUAUACACACAAGAAAAGAGUACACAAGAUAUUUCCAAAGACGAAAAUAUUAAAGCCAAUGGACUACAUUGACACCUAAUAUUGCCAGUGUAACUUAAUUAUUUUUUACGGAUAUAUUGGCGGAGUUCGUUUAAGGGAAUCUAACAUUGCUUUGUAUUACACAUACCUACUUAUUUGUUCUAAUUUAUAAUUUUUAAAUAAACAUGUAAGAGCGGCGGUACACGGGCAGCUCGAGCAGUACGGCAGUGAAUGAUUGUGCAUAGUUUACCGCGGGGUCGCGGCUUCAAGCCGUCAGUCUCAAAUGCUUGAAGCGGUCCGUGUACGGCCGCCCUAAGUAAUGUAAUUUCCAAAACGAUUUAUUAGCAAAUAAACAAGGGAAAAGAAAAUGUAAA